UACAGUGGCAGAGCGGCAAGCAAUCAUGGCUGCCCCACUAGUCCGCUACCUCCGACGUCUCACCGGGCAGCCCGCAGUGGACGGGCGCGACCCCGCGAUCGGUGCCCACCGCCAGCAGCUGCUCAUCGACUCCGGCCGCGUCAUCAUGCUGCUCGGCGCCAUCGUCCUCACGCACCAGCUGGGCACAGGCGCGGCCGCGUCCGGCAACACGGAGCACGUGCUCCUCGCCUUCGUCCUCUGGCUGCUCGGCGCGGCGCUUGCGAUGCUGUCGCUCGUCGCCCGGCAGUUCCCCAGGCUCGCGGCAGCCGGCGCCAAUCUCGCGAGGGCGCUCCGCAGCUACUUGCUUGGCGGUCUUUGAGCCUCCAUGGCAGUCCACAGCGUCCAAGGAGGCAGAGCACAUGUGGACUCUGUUCGUGUCGUUCUCCAGCUGCAUCCUGCAUACAGCAUGCUAUAUCGUCCAGCAAUUUCUUCCAGUUGUAACGUCAUUAAUGAAUAAUGAAUAAUGAUGAUU